AUGCCCCUACCGCCCCCUCCGCCUCCUCGCUCCCAGCCUGUGCCACCGCGUUUGCCGUUGCGGAACUGGGCAGCAGCAUUCGCAGCCGUGGCCAUCCUCCCUACCGGCUUCCUUCUAGGCUCCUACAUCCACGAGCGCACGCACGAAGAGCCCAUCUCUCGGGAGAAGCUAGCAGCCUCAGAGGCGCAGCAGCAUAAAAAGCCUUCACUUUCGUUCGCAGAGACACCUGAGCAGAAAGAGGCGACACGCCUGAAGAAGGAACAGGAGCAACAAGCUCUCGAGCGGGAGAGACGCAUAGUCCAGCUGCGCUGGGAGCUGGAAGAUGUCACUUCCAAGAUGCAGGAUGUGAAGAGUCGUGGGUGGGAUACUUCGAAACGCAGUCAUGAUGUUAGUGGAUCAGAGCAGGUGAAGACCACGUAG